AUCAUUCAUUCCCUGCUGACUGACAUGAUUUAGCGCGAUAUCUCUACAUGAGGUACUUGAGCUUAAUUAAUAUUGGAUUUGGCUGAUCUUUGAUCGCGCGCGUUGUUCAUUUGGCCGAAUGUCUGCCUCGGAUUUUCUACGGGAAGCGGAAAGUCUCAGAAGAUUGCUGAGUAAAGAGGAGCGAGAGGCGAUCAGACGACAGGAUCUCAGAGAGACUUUCAGCGAGUUUCACGAGCUCAACGAUCAGCUGCAUCUGCGCCUGCGCGCCGACAUCAUGAAGGUCCAGCAGCAGCUGCAGAAACUCAAGAACGGCGUCUUCAGAUUCCAGCAGCAGCUCAUGGACACCAAACCGUCUCCAGAGGUGGUGGACAGAUUGAGAGACACUAUGACAGACAUUGAGACGUCCAUCAACAUGUUCAAAGACACACAGCAUCAAAGUUUCGAGCAGCUGCUGAAGGACGAGCGGGUGGUCUGGCAGGAGAUCGGUGUGUUGGAGAGGAAGAUGGAGGCGUGGCGUGUGCCCGUGAGAGCCGAGGUCCGUGUUCCCGGCGCCGGCCCGGACCGCAGGAGUGCCGACACACACAGCAGUGUCCCGGCGGAGCUGGCGGCGCUCGACUCGUUCCUCCAGCGGACCGGGCCACGGGGCGGCUGGGACGAGCUGGACCACCGGAGCUUCCUCAGCGUGUGGACGAAGCACAGCGGGAAACACUCCUUCAUUCGGGAGGCAGGCCUUUAUUUGCCUGGGAAGAGCGAGGAGGAGCUGAAGCAGCACGAGCUGUGGUUCCUGGAGCUGCGGCGCCUGCAGCAGAAGAAGAGAGAGGCCAUCCAGAGAUGGAGGGAAGCGAAGCAGAGAGAGAGAGAUCAGCAGAGAGAUCAGCAGGAGCGAGCCGGAGCCGAGCCGGACCCGGAGCAGGAGCAGGAGCGGCUGAAGCAGGAGCAGGAGCAGAGACGCAGGGAGGCGUCUGAGAGACUGGAGAACUGGAGGAGCCGGAGAACACAGGAGCGCGAGCAAGAGCAGGAGCAGCGGCUGAGGAACCAGAUCCUGCAGAGAAGAAGAGCUAAAGAAGAGCAGCGGCGCCGGCUGGAGCUGAAGAUGCGGCUCGAGGCUCUCCUUCAGCAGAAGAAGGAGGAGGAGGACCGACGUCUGAUGGAGGAGGAGGAGAAGAGGAGAGUGGAGAGAGAGGAGAGACAGCGCGGGGCGAACGAGGCCAUCAGACGCUUCCAGGACAGAGAUUCAGUUUGUCUGGAGGAAAAGCUUCAGGAGAAACAGAGUAAAGAGCAGGAGCGCUGGGAGCGGCAGAGGAUGCUGGAGAAGCUCAAGGAGAAGGUUGAGGUGAGCCGCGAUCCCGCCAGACUGUGGAGGCGCACGGAAGUCUGGGAGCAGCGCAUGAGGAACAUCGGCCCGUCGGGAUCAGGACCCGCUCCGCUGCUGCACACCUUUCACAGGGCUGUUCCAGCAUGGAGACAGGACUCGUGAAAGAGCCUCUGCACUUCUUCCCGCAGCGAAUGAACUCAAAUGUUCGGAGUUUAGGGAAGUUUUUCUUCAGGAUAAUGGAGAUUUGCAGUCUUGCAGAGUUUCCGUGAGCAGCAGCAGCAGCAGAGACUCUUAUUUUGGCGCGUGUUUGCGCACCGGAAGCGGAAGUGUCUCGCCGACAGGAGUGUUUCCCUGAUGCUGCUGUUGUGGUGAUGAUGAUGAUGAUGGCGGAUUUUGAUCAGGUAGAUUUUCUGCGCGAGCGGCACGUGCGGUUCUUCCAGCGCUGCAUGCACGUGUUGCCCGAGAGAUACGCGCCGUACGAGACCAGCAGGUUGACUAUAGUGUUCUUCGCCCUGUCGGGUCUCGAUGUUCUCGAUGCCUUGGAUGUCGUGGAUAAACCCGGACUGAUCGAGUGGAUUUAUUCUCUGCAGGUUCUUCCCACCGAUGACAAGUCUAAUCUCAGACGCUGUGGCUUCCGCGGUUCCUCACACAUCGGAGUUCCCUACAACACUUCAAAGGGUUCGGGUCCGGCUCACCCGUACGACAGCGGACACCUGGCCAUGACCUACACCGGCCUCGCCUGCCUCGUGAUCCUGGGGGACGACCUGAGCCGCGUCCGCAGAGAGGCCUGUCUGGAGGGCCUGAGAGCUCUGCAGCUGGAGGACGGCAGCUUCUACGCCGUCCCAGAAGGCAGUGAGAACGACAUGAGGUUCGUGUACUGUGCCGCCUGCAUCUGCUACAUGCUGGACGACUGGACUGGGAUGGACUGCCAGAGAGCCAUCGACUACAUCCGGAGGAGCACAUCGUAUGACAGUGGGAUUGGUCAAGGAGCCGGACUGGAGUCACAUGGUGGCUCCACCUUCUGUGCCGUGGCGUCCCUUUGCAUGAUGGGAAAGCUGCAGGAGGUGUUCAGUGAGCGCGAGCUGAACCGGAUCCGGCGCUGGUGUAUCCUCCGACAGCAGAACGGCUUCCACGGCCGGCCCAACAAACCCGUGGACACCUGCUACUCCUUCUGGGUGGGAGCGACGCUGGAGCUUUUAGAUAUUUUCCAGCUCACC